AUGAUGAAGCACAAGAAGCACCAGCUUACAGCGCAAGAGCUAUACAGAGCGCGGAAGCAGCGGGAGGAGGAAGAGAAGGAUGCCAGUCUUCCUCCGGGGCUCAUCAAUCACGGAAAUACGUGCUUCAUGAACUCUACUUUACAGGGUCUAAUGGCCACUCAAUUGCUUCAUAACCUAGUCAACUUCGAGCCAAUACCGGAGUCUCUCCAGCACACACUCGGGACGUCCAUCCUGGCAAGGCGAUCGCCGCAGCUCACGAACGGACACGGACUAGGUGGCAAAGACGAGCAUCCGUGGGUCGAAGGCAUGCCUCUAGGGGAUGUUUUCAUUGAUGUGAUGAGGAGGGCCUGGAUUAUGCAGGAGAGCAGAAAGCGCGAGAGCAUGAGUCCGAAAGAGCUGCUAUUCGCUAUUGGGCACAAGUAUGACCAGUACACGGGUUAUCAACAGCAGGACGCGCACGAGUUCUUGCGGCACAUACUGGAUGCGAUGCGAAUGGAAGAACUGGAUAUUAUCAAAAAGAGACAGCCUCCACCGCCGAAGGAACCUCGCAAGCGUUCUGGAAAGAAACGCACGCCCGCGCCGUCUACCUCCAACUCAUCGACUGCGGGAAGGUCCUCAACUUCGACACUGCCGGAGAGCGAGCAGCUCAGAUCGUUCGUGGACAUGCUCUUUGGCGGCCAGCUCGCCAGCAUCCUCGUGUGUGAGAAGUGCAAGAAGGUCUCGCUCACGUACGAGGACUUCAACGAUCUCAGUCUGAGCAUCAAGCCGGAGGACUACGUGAAGGACCGCAAGCGAUAUCGCUUCAGGCAGUUUGCGCGCAAAUUCCGCACGCCUUUCAGGCAAACGGACGAGCGCCCUGGACAACGGUCGUCGUCUGUGCCGGCGGACCCGCUCCGCCGCAGCCUGGACAGAGGUGCACAGGAGGACGAGCCGCCAACAAAUGAAGGUCCACGAAGACGGAGCAUUGACCACAUGGGCGAGGAAGACGAGGAAGGCGAGGCGACUGAUGCCGUCGGACAGCAAUCUCCGGUCGCCGAAGAACGCGACGCGAUUCCAGCCAACUCUGAUGAUCGGAACGAGCAGAAUGCGGAGCUAAAGGCGGGGGCGAAAGAGCGACCAGAAGCAGAGCCCAUGAAGGAGAAAAAGGACAAGGACCCGUGGGGCGAGUUUGGACGACGUCUGAGUGUGUCGGUGAAGAAAAGCAUGAAGGCGCUGGAUCCUAACAACUCCAGCAGGUCGGUCGAGCGCGGCAGGAAGGUGCAGGCCAAAGACAAGAAGGCGGCGCGCCAUUCGAAGCGGGAGGAGCCGGUGCAGAGGCGUAUAUCCUCGCCCGUACCCGUGCGGAACGACAGCUCCUCGGACCUCAGCGACGUCACGGACGCUGCUAAACCACGACUGCAAUCGUCAUCUCCCGUGCCCUCUCCAUUAGGCCAAACUCCUGUGACAGCCGACACGAUCCGCCCGCCCCGUGCACACCACAAGCCACGGCCAACUAUCGUGGGCAAGCGGAAGAAGUCCAUUCCCGCGCCGAAACCCUCUGCGGAGCAGGCAGCCUAUCUUCGCCGUCUGCUCGCUGACGUCCACGCACCUAAUGGCAACCCGCUUGCAGUGCUGCAGCAUGCAAUUGCGGGGAGUACUCAUCAUGGCGUGCACGUGAGCCCGUCCAUACCGGCGGCCAUGCAGGCUGCGUGGACGAAGAUGGGCCAUCUCCCGGGCAUCGAGGAGUGCCUCCGAAUGUUCACUGCCGUCGAAAUCCUGGAUGGAGAGAACAUGGUUGGAUGUCAUAGGUGCUGGAAGAUCGCGAAUGGGCUGUAUCAGCCACCACGAUCCCAUGUCGCCGAUGAGCAGGGAGAGGACAAUGCUGUGAACGACGAGGACGAGGAGGAGGAGGAAAGCGACGAGAAGCUUGAGGAUAACCAAGUCACCGCCGACACCGGAAGCCCGCCGCUGAGUGGCUCCACGGAGACGCUCUCUUCCUCGGACGGGCGGUACAUAACAGCUCACAUCACGCCUAUGUCGGCCUCAGUCCCUCAGAGUACGGCCUCCCUAUCUGAGCAGCAAUCAGACGCGAAUUCGGUCUUCUCUGCACCAUCGACUGUGGGGUCGCCCAUGGCCAGCGACCCGGCCCUCGGUGCACUAGGAUCCGACAGAGGAAAUGGCAUGGUCAAAUUGGUAUCCGCAACACUUCCCAAGACUUAUGAUGGCUUUCCCAUCCCGUCAAUAUCCACCACCGAACCAGAGUCCCCCGUGCAGACAGCGGAGAGCAGUACCUUGGUGGAUCCAUUCAACAAGACGGCGGGCGCCUCUCUCUCGGGUGACUCGCUGUUGGCUCCACAACGCGGACGAAAGACGAAGGGGCCGGAGGUGGAGUAUGAUGCUAACGGUGAAGCCUCGGACGACAGCUACGAGUCGGACAGUGACAUCUCGGUCAACACGUCCGUGUACUCUGACGCCUCAUCGAUCGCAUCUCCGAUGGCUUCUCCAUCCUCAUCCCGCAGGGCAUCCUUGGAGGAUCUGCGGAAGCCUGUAGUUCGGCCUGCGGAGGGACCGAUUGCUUCCCCGGUUACUAAGGUCGCACGUUCAAAACAGGUCGUAAUGCGCCGGAUGUACAAGCGCUACUUGAUCGCUGUGCCACCGCCGAUCCUGGUCGUUCACUUAAAGCGGUUCCAGCAAACAUCCAAGACAUAUGCUGUGUCGUUCACGGGCGGGGUGAAGAAACUUGACGAGUUCGUCGCAUUUCCAGAGUAUCUCGACUUGAUUCCCUUCCUCGCACCGAGGAGAGAGGAUUUUACAAAGGACAGCUCUGGCAAGGCGCACGCGAAAGAGUCGAACAAGGAAAGCCAUACCUGCAUGUACCGCUUGUAUGCGGUCGUCGUGCACAUUGGCAAUAUGCUGGGCGGCCAUUACGUUGCCUAUACAGCGCUCCCCCCUACACCUACUUCUAUCGCUGCUUCGGACCAAUCUUUCACAUCCGAGUCCUUCACUUCCGCCUCCACAACCCAAGAGGCACCGCAUGCACACACGAUAGAGCACGGAACAAAGUCUCAUAAGUCUCCACCGAGACAGUGGGCCUAUAUCAGCGACACGAUCGUGCGGCUCACCACGAUCGAGGAAGUGCUCAAAGCGAAGGCAUACAUUUGCAUGUACGAGCGGAUAUGA